UCCAGGAUGGUCCUAGUCCACGUAGGCUAUCUCGUUCUUCCAGUAUUUGGCUCUGUGCGAAACAGAGGUGCCCCUUUUCAAAGGUCUCAGCAUCCUCACGCUACCUCCUGCCGCCACUUCCACUUGGGUCCCCCCCAGCCACAGCAGCUCACUACGGACUUCCCCAUCGCGCAUCCUGUGCAGUCCCAGCCGGGCCUCAGUCCCCACAUGGCCCCGGCCCACCAGCACAGCGGCACCCUCCACCAGCCCCUGACCCCGCUGCCCACCCUCCCGUUCCAGGACGUCACAGGUCCCUCCUUCCUACCUCAGGCCCUGCACCAGCAAUACCUCCUCCAGCAGCAGCUCCUUGAGGCCCAACAUCGCAGGCUGGUCUCACACCCCAGGCGGACUCAGGAACGUGUGUCCGUUCACCCUCACCGGCUGCAUCCAGGCUUUGACUUCAGCCAUCAACUACAGACGCCUCAGCCCAGGUAUUUGGCUGAGGGCACCGACUGGGAUCUCAGUGUGGAUGCUGGUUUGAGCCACGCUCAGUUCCAGGUUCGGCCCAUCCCUCAGCACUAUCAGCAUUACCUAGCGACGCCUCGAAUGCACCACUUUCCCAGAAACUCUUCCUCCACGCAGAUGGUUGUCCAUGAAAUCAGAAAUUACCCUUAUCCCCAGCUUCACUUCCUUGCUCUUCAGGGACUGAAUCCAAACAGACAUACAUCGGCAGUGAGGGAAAGCUACGAGGAGCUACUCCAGCUGGAGGACAGACUGGGCAGUGUGAGCCGAGGAGCUGUGCAGAACACCAUUGAGAGGUUCACCUUCCCCCACAAGUACAAGAAGCGAAGACCCCAAGAAGGCAAAGGCAAGAAGGAAGAUGGGGAGGAAUCAGACACCGAUGAAAAAUGCACGAUUUGUCUGUCUAUGCUUGAAGAUGGAGAAGAUGUGAGGCGUUUACCCUGUAUGCACCUCUUCCACCAACUGUGUGUCGACCAGUGGCUCGCCAUGAGCAAGAAAUGCCCCAUCUGCCGAGUGGACAUUGAAACACAACUGGGUGCCGACAGCUGAGGUGACAGUCCGCCUGGCAGAUGCCCCACUUUCCUUCACCAGGUCCCCCGACGGCCAUAGCCCUUGCAGCCAAACUUUGCCUUCUGAGCCAUUUGAUUUAAAGGAAAAGCCUGCAAGCACAUUUUGCGGAAAGAGGAA